AUGGCUACCAAUUCUGAGAGCAGUAGAAAUAUUACCAGGACUUCCGGGAUUCAUCCUCGUAUGAUUUUCGUAGCCAGGACCACCCUACCACACGACAAAGAGGCAAAUCCGCGUCCAUAUCUUGCUAUCAAGAAGAUAAAUAAUCAAAUUAUAGCACUGCCCUUGACCUCACUAGAAAAGAGGGUGACCGAGAAUGAGACCUACAAAGAGAUCUGUAUCCGUCAUAAACGUAGUGAAUGGGACUACUUUGCUAUAUCUCCCAACACAAACAUCUACAAUGAUAGUAUCUCGCAACCACUUAGUUCCGAAGUACACAAGUAUAGCAAGGGCUGGAUCGACCUCAUUACCCCCAUGACUAUUGGAACAAAAAACAUCGUUACCGCAAAGCGUGUCGACGAGAUAUCGCAAGUCGAUUUAGAGAAAGUUAUUGCUGCCCAUGUAGCUCGGAUGGGGUUUCAACAAAUUGGUGGUGGUGGUGGUGGUAAUGGUGGAUGUUUGGGUAUCGGUACUCGAGUUUCGAAUUCGGUUCUGGCUCAGGGUUUUCAAAAAAUCCUGAAUAUAACGAAAACCCUUCUACAUGCCAGUGAAAACAAGGAGGCAACACAGGGAGAAAAUGAGAGGAGGUACGCGGAAGUGAUCAGUAUAUGCAAUGAUUUGAUUGUAACAUACCCACCCUCACCCCCACACGAAGCGAUAAAUCCAUUAGAUAUACCUAUAAGUGAAAUUGAUCUUCAUGAUCAGCUCCCUACUCGAAUGGGCUCGAAAAGACGGCGAAGAAGGAAUACAAAGUCGAGUGGGACCUGUAACGAUGGUCAAUCGGAAACUCGCAGAACUGACGACCCAAAUGGCGGAGGCGGGCCAAAUGGAAGGGGGCCAAACGGAUACGGGCAUGUUACCUCCCAUGCUGAGAGCAAACCUCGGGCGGGAAAGAGCACAGGCGGUGAAAGCAAAACUUCAGCACAGAAUGCAAGCCCUGUACACUGUGCAAACCGAAAUCUCGCAGGUGAAUGGUCCGACGCGGAUUGGCAGCUUAUAGAAUACGGAGACGGAGACGGAGACGACGAGACUUCUACUGAGGAAAUAUCAGAGGAACCCUGGCAGCUGUUAGAUUAUGAACUCUCAUACUGCGACUCCGAUUCAGACUCAUAUAUUUCUUCGUCUGAGCUUGAUGGUCCGGAUGUUGAGGAUUGGAGGGAGUCCUUGCCUGAUCCGGCCCAAACUUCAUCUACAGACGCCGCUGUUACCGUACAGAAUAAUCGGAUCCUCAUGAUUAUGCGGUAUCUUGAUGCACUGAGGACAUAUAGGAGGGGCGAAGAAGGGAUGCUUGAUUCUAGGGCCCAAGACUCUCCAGAUAAAUCUCUUUUGUCUUCAAGCGAAAUUCCGCCAGAAACCAAUAGUUCAGACAAAUCAUUCACCAGUACCGAAUCAUCAAGUUCUGAGAAAAGCUUGCUUUCAAACGCGAUGGGGAAAAGGCCACAGAAAACAUCUACCACCAUAAACACUACCUGUUUCAAAUGUAAGAAAAAUAUCACCACUGGAACUCACGACAGUAAAUUCUCCGUCGAAGCUUUCUGCGAGAAAUGUAAUAGCAGUGCCAAUGUAAGCCUACUUCAAACUCCCUUACCAUUACUGCACCAACACCAGAGCUUCAAUGAACAGGAGGACGGAAAUGUAAAUGUGCAAGACAAGUAUCGAAUCGGGCGGACCUUUGGAGAAGGCUUCGACAAGUCAAUCUUGAAGAAGUCUCCUCAAGCCGUAUUAGCGAACAACCGGUACUCGGGUCUAGUAAAACGAGUGUUGAUGCAAGCGAACCUCAAAGAACGGAAUGUGCUUGCGGAAUCAUGCUCAAAAAGUUCCGCUUUUAGGUUUGUGUUAAGAGAAGAACACACCGACGAGCAAGAACUCGAUAAGAUUGGGAAUCGCACAAUAGUUAGUAGUUGCCAGUCGGUGCUUGAGGGGGAACAUGAUGAGGAUAUUCUUUGCUUUCUGGAUGGAGCAGGUUAUGUGGAUUUGGGUAGAGAUGAAUACGGGGUUGAUUGCAUCGCUUUAAGAAACUCGGCGAAGAAUGAGCUUUCAAGGGUCGAGCACGACACAAAAACAAAACUCCCAAAUUUUCCUUCCUCUGCCUUGGGGGUUAGAAGUCAAUUUGGACAAAUAUCAUCCACCAAUACUGCAGGUCGACCGUCUGAAAUUGGAGAGGCGUGCCAACUCUUCGACAGAUCUAGAAGCAAUACCUCAAAAAGCUUUGAAUCUGGACAAACCGACCGGACUCAGGUCCAACGAUUCACCUCUCCCGCUCUGCAGUACACAACGGCUAUUCAAAGACGAUGUGAUUAUCUCCUUCGUUUGAUCAAUCCAGCACAAAAUUCACUACCCCCUGUGCACACCAUAGCCAAAAGACUUCUCGAAUACGUUUGCUCGAUCAAAAAGAUUUCAGAAACGGGUGGCUGGAAAGAUGCUGAUUGUUUAGAAACGCUUCAAUGCACCAUCUUUCCAAAAGAAUACCUGCCGGCAAACUCGGAUGUACUCAUUAAUCUGCUUAGAAGCUAUCCGCUAACAGAUGGCGACCCUGAUAUUCAAGCUCUUGCUAGACUUUCUCUUACAAACGAUAGCGACCUGUUACUGGAACGGAUAAACUUCGCGCUUCCAAGGACCCGUGACGAUUGGCUAGCAACAGACAACGUCUGGAAUCAGGAAGUAGUACAGUCUACAUCAGAACAGCGUCUUCUUCUUCAGCAAGAUGGAAUGAUUAAGUGGAUACGUUUCUUGAUGUCAACCCUUGGACUAGGAGAAGCCCAUACUAGAGAGUUCAUGGGAGAGCAAGGAUCUUCAAAGAUUGAAAAAGACUUGUUAUGUCUUCUUGAUAGCUUAGGAGCAAAUUUUGAGUUAGCUGUUGAGAGCGGAAGUGGGAAAAGGGAUGGACAAAGGUAA